CGUCCCCCCGGCCACGCCCCGCGCCGCCCGUCGCGGUGCUCCGAACACUGACGUGUCUCUCGGCGGAGCUGCGGCGCGGGGGAGCGGCCUGCGCGCCUCAGUCGGAGCGGGAGGCGGGAGCCGAGCAGCCGCCGCCAUGGCGAUCAAGUUCCUGGAGGUGAUCAAGCCCUUCUGCGUCAUCCUGCCGGAGAUCCAGAAGCCGGAGAGGAAGAUUCAGUUCAAAGAGAAGGUGCUAUGGACAGCCAUCACACUCUUCAUCUUCUUAGUAUGCUGCCAGAUCCCUCUGUUUGGUAUCAUGUCUUCAGAUUCAGCCGACCCUUUCUACUGGAUAAGAGUGAUUCUCGCCUCGAACAGAGGCACCUUAAUGGAGCUGGGCAUCUCUCCCAUUGUCACCUCCGGCCUCAUCAUGCAGCUCUUGGCUGGCGCCAAAAUCAUUGAAGUAGGCGACACCCCCAAAGACCGAGCCCUCUUCAACGGAGCUCAGAAGCUGUUUGGCAUGAUCAUCACCAUCGGCCAGUCUAUUGUGUAUGUGAUGACGGGGAUGUAUGGGGAUCCCUCUGAAAUGGGCGCUGGAAUCUGCCUGCUCAUCACCAUUCAGCUGUUUGUCGCUGGUUUAAUCGUCCUACUUUUGGAUGAACUUCUGCAAAAAGGCUACGGCUUGGGCUCCGGGAUCUCCCUCUUCAUCGCCACCAAUAUUUGCGAGACCAUCGUGUGGAAGGCGUUCAGCCCCACCACUGUCAACACCGGCCGAGGAAUGGAAUUUGAAGGCGCCAUCAUUGCCCUGUUCCAUCUGCUGGCCACCCGCACCGACAAGGUCCGUGCCCUCCGGGAGGCCUUCUACCGCCAGAAUCUCCCCAACCUCAUGAAUCUGAUCGCCACCAUCUUUGUCUUUGCUGUGGUCAUCUAUUUCCAGGGCUUCCGAGUAGACCUGCCCAUCAAGUCAGCCCGUUAUCGAGGCCAGUACAACACCUACCCCAUCAAGCUCUUCUACACGUCCAACAUCCCCAUCAUCCUGCAGUCGGCCCUGGUGUCCAACCUGUACGUCAUCUCCCAGAUGCUGUCAGCCCGCUUCAGUGGCAACCUGCUGGUCAGCCUGCUGGGCACCUGGUCUGAUACUUCUUCUGGUGGUCCAGCACGUGCUUACCCUGUUGGUGGCCUCUGCUACUACCUGUCCCCUCCAGAAUCUUUUGGCUCCGUGUUAGAAGACCCUGUCCAUGCUGUCGUGUACAUAGUGUUUAUGCUGGGCUCCUGCGCCUUCUUCUCCAAAACGUGGAUUGAAGUCUCGGGCUCCUCUGCCAAAGACGUCGCAAAGCAGCUGAAGGAGCAGCAGAUGGUGAUGAGGGGCCACCGAGAGACUUCCAUGGUCCACGAGCUCAAUCGGUACAUCCCCACCGCUGCUGCCUUUGGAGGACUGUGCAUCGGGGCCCUCUCCGUCUUGGCUGACUUCCUGGGUGCCAUCGGGUCUGGGACCGGGAUCCUGCUGGCCGUCACCAUCAUCUACCAGUACUUUGAGAUCUUCGUGAAGGAGCAGAGCGAGGUUGGCAGCAUGGGGGCCCUCUUGUUCUGAGGGCAUCUCCCCAAGACCAGGGAGCAGAGCUGCGCUCCAGAAUCCAAGGAGGAGCCACGACCCUCCACUGUGGGAGCUCUCAUGCCUGGGGAGCGCUGCUAUGGUGUCCGGACUUUGGUUUAACAAUGUUUUUGAAUUUUGUAUUCUUUCAUUCCACUUUGUAAAGUGCUACAGAUUUUCCAGUUUGAAAUUUUGCUUUUUCUUCUGGCAUUGGCAGCAGAAGCAUAGAGGAAGGGGGACGAGUGACUAUCCCCAGCACCCCUGCAACUUUUGUCUUAGCCUCUGUACUCUCAGUGCCCUGGGCAGCUGCAGUGUCUCAGCCGCCCCCCUCCCCACCCCCAUGGGCUGUUUUGUUGGUUAGAAGCACAAACACUGUUGAAAUCUCUCCGUUUGCUUGUGGAAGGGCGUGAGGCAGGGAGUCCAUGCAGUUUCUGGCGGACUCAUUCCUGUCCCCUGCACAGUCGGGUAGGAUUAUCGGGCUUAAAAAACUCUUCCUCUGGAAGACACACCUGCUUUCCCUUUUAUAACUGGCCUCUUUUUAGGACAGUUUCUUCCCCCCAAAAUGGGCUGCAUCUUUCGGAAGACACUCUUGGGCCAUGUGUUCAUUUUUCUACAUGUGCCUGUUGGCUUUUCUCGUUGACUGUUCUCAUCAGGCUCUGAGACUAAAGAGUCGGUGAGCUCUGCCAUCUUUUCAUGCUUCAGUUGGUGAAUCCAUCCUCUGAUGGGUCAGGUUCAGAGUUGUCAGGUUCACAGAGGCACACCUGGCCCAGUGAGGUAGACAUGUCUGUCCACUUCCUGCUGUCACUGGACUGGCCUCCCCAUGGUUCACUCAGUCCUCCCACUAGACCCCGAGAGAGAGAGGAGAGCCCUGUGGCCAGCCCUCAGCCAUGGAAAGAAGCUUCUCUUCACAGGCCAUCACUACUUUCUAGGCUGAAAACUCCCCAGCCCUAUUUUUAGAAGUUGAUUUUUUUCAUCAUGCCUAGGACCAAAUGCAAGUAAAGUAACUAACAGGAAGCCACUGGCCUCUCCCCUUCUCCUCAGGAGGACAACAGGCCCCCCAGGCCUGUGUGGAAAUCAGGGUCAGGAGGCUAGUGUUUUUUGGUAAUGUGUCCCAUUUGAUAUAAAACGGCUCAACGAUUAUGUCUAAAAUAAAUGGUUUGUAAUAAGAGUCUUAUUACAUCUAAAAACUUCAGAUCUUCUCUAAGGCCUUUUGCGAGGCCCCUCUCGGGGCAGGGCAGCGGGGACAGCAGAGCGAGAACUACAGCCUGAAGUGUCCUCACUGGAGGGCAUCCCAGGUCUAGGCAUGGGGUGGGGUAGAGGGAGCCCCCACUCCUGCCUCACCCAGCUGUGGGCACACAGUGGCCUUCAAAGCACAGCCGUGGCCACAGUUCAGUCAAGACAAACACCAACUGUCUGAGUUGGGUGGGUGGGACUUCCUAAUAGACUCCCUGGCAGUGCUCACCAGGAGACAAGGACGUGGAGCUGCUUGCCUGAAGCCACCUGGCAAGUCAGCAAGAGAAUCAGGCUGGGCCCGGCAGGUCUGGGCCCACGGCCCAGGCGACCCGACAUCUCACAUGUGGCCUUGUCAGACCCGAGCCUCCCCCACCGCGGCCCACAGGGCCGAGGGCUCCAGCAGGGUGAGCCCCACAGUCCUGCCUGCAACUCUGGUUUGUGGUCCUGGGUGGGGGCUGGCCCAGCUUCCAGGGGACUGUCACUGUGGACGCCAAAAUGGCGUUGAGAUAAAAGUGACUAAGAGAAAUAAAGCCAACAUUUUACAAGCUG